CUCUCUUCUCCCUAGUUGCUCCAGCGUUGCUGACCAAGUGGCCAGACUGGCCUGUCCCAGAGCCAUGGCCAAGAAUGGACUUGUUAUUUGUAUCCUGGUGGCCAGCUUACUCCUGGAUCAGACCAACAGUUACCCAUCCAGAAUGAAAGCCAGGAAACACAGCAAACGCCGCGUGAAAGAAAAGGAUGGUGACUUGAAGUCUCAAGUUGAAAAGCUGUGGCGGGAAGUCAAUGCCCUGAAGGAGAUGCAAGCUCUGCAGACAGUCUGCCUUCGAGGCACCAAAGUCCAUAAGAAAUGCUACCUUGCUUCAGAAGGCCUGAAGCACUACCAUGAAGCCAACGAAGAUUGCAUUUCCAAGGGAGGAACCCUGGCCGUCCCCAGGAACUCCGAUGAAAUCAGCGCCCUCCGCGACUAUAGUAAGAGGAGUCUGCCGGGCGUCAACGACUUUUGGCUGGGCAUAAAUGACAUGGUCACAGAAGGCAAAUUCCUCGAUGUCCACGGAUUCGCUGUCUCCUUUCUCAACUGGGACCGUGCCCAGCCCAGUGGCGGCAAGCGGGAAAACUGUGUUCUGUUCUCCCAGUCAGCUCAGGGCAAAUGGAGUGAUGAGGCCUGUCGAAGUAGCAAGAGGUACAUAUGUGAGUUUAUCAUCCCUUAGCAAGCCUCCCCUGAUAUCCCUCCCAAGUAAAUAAGCUGGUAGUCACCCUAAGUAAGCCAAAAUUACAUUGAUUAAAUGCAAGAUUUCUGUGUCAGGAUUGAUCUCCGCAGGUAGAUAAGAGUCAGACUGUGUUUCUGCUGUAGCUCAUUGUGGUGCUACCCUUCAUCUUGCAAGGGGGAUGAGAAAAGAAUGACCCAGACACGGUAAGGAAGGGACUUCUGAAAAUGGUCUGCCAAAUCUUUUUCCCACUCUCCUUGGCCAUCUCUGGUGGAUAGACCUGGCCUAUUUGAAAAAUAUAAUAGCUGUGUGUUUCUUCAAGACAGGAAAACAAGAUUGGGCUGCCUGGAAGAUUCUCCUUUAAAAUUCAGUUGUGAUGGAGAUACAUUUUGAGAAAUGUUGUCAGUGGUUGAUUUCCCGGUUGUGUGACUAUAUUGUAGCGUGCUCCCCAUGUUGUAGGGAAAAACUCCAGGUGCCUCUAAAUGCCCCCAAGACACGUAGUAGACUCAAGCAAUGUGAAGAUUCUGUGGGUCUAACAUGGUAGGCUUUCACUAUAUACUUCUUUUUCUAAGUAUGAACACAAUAAAAGAGCAGUUGAAAACGCAGUGGAGUAUACUAUCUUUCCAUCAGUAUAACAAGACACCUGACACAGUCAUUUGGGAAACCAAGUGAAGUUUGCGCAGCUUGUAGUCUUAGUGGCUCAAAGACAAAGGUCAAGCAGCCCCUGGGACUUGGCCAAUGGUGAGGAUGGCAGAUCCUUAGCAAGAAGAAGUGGUAGCACCUUAAACCAGAGCAGAAAGAGAUGGCAAGCAGGGUCUUCUUUCAAAGGAGUGUCCCCAAUCACCUAGACAAACCUAUCUCCUUAAG